UACCACUGUAUGAAGGCUUUGUGGUAAAUGUUUCAAUACUACCCUUUCUGUGAAGCAACGCACUUCCCUAACUGCUGGCGUGAUGAUCUGUUCCUGUUGAGGUUUCCUGAGAACCAGUAUAAAAGAGAGACACAGACAGUGCAUGUGUGUGCGUUUGAGGGACGGUAGUGUGUGUUUGUGUGUGUGUUUUUGUGGUAGUGAUAAUGGAGUGUGUGUAUCUUUUGCUGGUUGUGUUUCACUUCACUGCAGGCUGCACUCUCUCAGGCCAGAGAUACAGGGAGUUCACAGGACUUUCUGGUGGUUCAGUUCUGCUGCCCUGCUCCUGCUCUGACCUGCAGUCGACCCCUCAGAGAAUCAGCUGGAAGGCAAAGACAAGAACAGCAGAUUUUACUGAAGUGAUCACUGAUGAUCAGUACAGAGACAGAGUUCAUCUGUUUAAUAAAGAUUCUCCUGCUAAUCUCUCUCUGCUCAUAUCUGAUCUGAGAGAAGAAGAUGGUGGAGACUACAUUUGUCAGACUGAGAAGGAAACCAGAAACUUCAGGCUAUUUGUUGAAGGCUGCACUCUCUCAGGCCAGAGAUACAGGGAGUUCACAGGACUUUCUGGUGGUUCAGUUCUGCUGCCCUGCUCCUGCUCUGACCUGCAGUCGACCCCUCAGAGAAUCAGCUGGAAGGCAAAGACAAGAACAGCAGAUUUUACUGAAGUGAUCACUGAUGAUCAGUACAGAGACAGAGUUCAUCUGUUUAAUAAAGAUUCUCCUGCUAAUCUCUCUCUGCUCAUAUCUGAUCUGAGAGAAGAAGAUGGUGGAGACUACAUUUGUCAGACUGAGAAGGAAACCAGAAACUUCAGGCUAUUUGUUGAAGGUUGUGAUCUGGUGAAGAGUGGGGAGGAUUUGGAGGAAGUGACGGGUUUCUCUGGAGAAUCUGUAUUGCUGCCCUGCUCCUGCAGCAACCUUCACUCUAAACCCAGCACUGUUACAUGGAAGUUUGCGUCAAGGGAAUCUUCUGCUGAUGAAGAAAUCUACCCUAAUCAGAAUAACCAGCACAGAAACAGAGUUAGACUGACCAAUCAGAACUCAGGAAACCUUACUUUACUCAUAUCAGACCUGACUGCAGAGGAUCAUGGACACUACAGGUGUUCAGUACAGCAUGAUCAUAAAUAUAUCAGACUUAAUAUUAAAGUACGAGAAACUACAGUCGCUCCACCAAGGCCACACUACACAACCACACCAGUUCAAACAACAGUGCGAGAAACUACAGUCUCUCCACCAUGGCCACACCACACAACCACACCAGUUCAAACAACAGCAGACCCAAAAACAGGAGGUCAGGAUCCUUCUAAACAAGUCCAACAUUUAGUUAUUGGUGUCCUGAUGGUUGUGUUGCUUCUGUUAUUUGGAGUAGUGGUGUUCAUCUGUUGGAGAUGCAGAGGAAGCAGAGACGUCAGACAGAGUGUGAGCACUGGUGGACAUCUGGGCCUUGACAAAAAGCAGGAGAUUCAAGUUCAUUCUGUUGAAGUGACAUACUCUACUAUAGCCCACCUUAACAUAACCACACCAGCACAUGUUCAAAUUAACACCGAGGAGAAAACUGAAUAUGCCUGCAUCAUAAAGUAAAUCCUUUAUUUAAAGUUUUUAUUUGAAGAAACAUUUUUGGUUGCCAUGUGAGUCCUGCACAUUUGUUUAUGUUUAUGUUUACAUUUAAUAACAUGUUUCUUGUGUUUCUUUUUGUUUAGACUAAUAUUUUUCUAUUUAAAUAUGCACUUAAAUUUUAUUCAGGCAAUCUAAUAGAACAUCACAGUAAAAUUACCUAAUUUCUCUAUAUUUUUCAUUCUAUCCAAAAAAAAAAAAAACUUUAUGCAUAACUUUAAGAUUCAAUGAUCCAGACAUUUUGUUGCUGACUGAAUCAAAGUUAAAACAGUUUAUUAGGAAUUAGCCCUUACAGCAUAAGUGCCUUCCUGUGCUGUCACUGAAAACUACUAUAACUUAUCUCUCUAAAUGCUCAAAAAUCACCAUAGACCCUAUUUAAUAAGAUUUCAACAGAUUUCUAAUCUUUCCACAAAGAUUCUGGUAUUUUUCUUAGGACAAUGGGAACCAUCAUUAUAAACUGUGAUUAUAGCUGUGAACAAUUCUGUGGUUGAGAAAAUCUGCUUUUAGCUACAGUGCACCAGUAAAAAACUAAUGCUCUAACCCCAUUCUUUUUAUUCAUGUGUCAUACUCUAUCAAAAAAAUAAAUAAAUAAAAGAAGAACCUAA